AUGUUACCAGACUUUCGCAAUCUGGGUAACAGACAUCAAGGACUCCAGACAGAACUCGAAACAAGCGAUGCGAACGAAAUUCUACAUGCUCUCGAGGCAGCCCAAAAGAAGCCUGUAGUCAAUCCUGGACUCAGGCACAGUAGUACCUUACGACGAUCAUAUACAGGCCGUUCCGGUACCCUAAAGACACCAAAGACACCUGCUGCUGGUUCGUCUCACGGUUCACACGCACCGCGGAUUCCAGACUGGUUUCGCGUCGGAUGGACUUCCUUUUCAACCAAACGCAAUCCAGGAGGAUCGCUUAAUUUACGAGCCACAGAAAAAAAGGACAAUUCGAUUGACGAGUGUCUGGAAACACUAUAUUUUGGGGAAACAUGGCACCAUUCUGGAAUUAUAUUUGUCACAGGCUUUCUUGCCUGGUUAUUUUCUACAUGGGGCUGCGGUUUACCAACAAUUAUUGCAGGAGCAAUGUUUCUUGGCACCUAUUAUCAUAUUACCAACCGUCGAUUCUUAAGAAAUGCCCGCGAUGAUAUUCAACGUGAAUUUGCAGUGGCACGCGUAGAAGAAGAACCUGAAUCUGUCGACUGGUUAAAUAACUUUGUCGAGCAUUUCUGGCUUAUUUUCGAUCCUGUUAUGAGCGCAUAUGUUAUAGAAAACAUGGAUACAUAUUUGGUAGAUUAUCUGCCUUCAUUCCUUGAUUCUGUCCGUCUAACCACAUUCACACUUGGCUCGAGACCCUUCCGUAUCGAGGCCGUUAAGACCAUUCCAACAACAGAGCCUGAUACAGUGUGUAUGGACUGGACCGUCGCUUUUACACCAAACGAUGUAUCGAACAUGACACAAAAGGAGAUUGAACUCAAAGUUAAUCCUAAAGUUGCACUCAAUAUCCGUUUGGGAAAGGGUAUGGUCGGCACAGCAUUUACGGUCUUGGUAGAGGAUAUGAGCUUUAGAGGUCAAAUGCGAGUAAAGAUGAAGUUGAUAAGCAAGUUUCCACACGUCAAAAUGGUCGAGGCCUGCUUCUUGGACUACCCACAGUUUGACUAUGUUCUAAAGCCUCUUGGUGGAGAAACCUUUGGAUUUGAUGUCAAUAAUAUUCCUGGUCUUCAAGGGUUUGUGAGAGACCAAGUGCAUGCUAUUCUGGGGCCAAUGAUGUAUUACCCCAAUGUGUUUGCAUUUGACGUCGAAAAAUUCUUUUCUGGAGAACUUGACAUUACCAAUGGUGUUCUGGCUAUCACUGUCUACUCAUGUUCUACAAUCGAUAGUGGGGACAGUACACUCAAUCCUUUUAUCAGAUUCUUCUUGGACAAGGCACAGGAGCUUGGACGAACAAGUGUGCGAGAAAACACAUUGCAGCCUAUUUGGAACGAAACCCAUUUCUUGUUAUUGAACAACCUAAAUUCAAUAAUGACACUCGAACUUCGAAACCACAGCUCAUCCAACAAAGACAGGCGUAUUGCACGUGCAAAUUUUGAUCUGAAGGAUCUUGAAGAAGAUGAUAACGAAAUACAGGGACUAGACCUUUUGCUUUUACGACAUGGUAAACCUUUGAGCGAUGUCAAGGUUGAUAUGCGUUACAUGCCGGUGUCUAAACCCAUUCCCCGAGAAGACGGGACGAUUGAACCUCCAGCGGAGUCAAAUUCGGGUGUGCUUCGAUUCACAAUACACGAGUGCAGAAAUUUGGGAUCGACCAAAUUAAAUCCCUAUGCACGAGUAAUGAUCAACGGUGCAGAAAAAAUCAAGACACCGGUAUUCAAGCGUACUUCAAAUCCAAAGUUUGAGAGACCAGGUGAGGUGGUUGUGUUGGAUAAGACUGAGGUCAGCAUCCGAGUAGAGGUCAAGGACAGUGUCAAUUUUGCCGAAGAUGUUACGGUGGGUGUGUGGACAGCAUACCUGGUCGAUGUAAUGCAGCAGCAGGACGGACGCAACUAUUGGUGGGAUUUAAAACAUGGUUCCAAAGAUGUGGGUCGCAUACGUUUCAGUGUACAGUGGAAACCAGUAGUCAUGGAAGGAUUAACAAAGGCCAUGUGUGGAAAUGGAUAUUCAAAUCCACCGAUUGGUGUUGUUAGAUUAUCCUUUUGGGAAGCCCAUGAUUUACGUAAUGUGGAGGCUGCUACAGGAAGCAAGUCUGAUCCAUACAUCCGUGUUCUGUCUGGUACACAAAUUCGCACACGUACCGAAGUCGUCGACAAUAACCUGAACCCCGAAUGGGGAGAGCAUCACUAUGUACCUGUGCACUCAAUCAGAGAGGAUCUCAUGCUGGAGGCUAUGGACUGGAAUGCAAAAUCCAAGGAUAAAACUCUUGGCUAUACAAUACUGCACAUGAAAGAUCUUAUCCGACAGCGAACAAAAGAACACAAGAACUAUAUUGACAAAUGGUUUGAGCCUUUGGUAGAAAAGCUUGAGAGGUAA